CUGCGCUCGGACCGGCUGCAGUGCUCGGCAGGGGACACCGCACGGAUCGCCACCUCUCCCCGGGACGUUUCUGGGGUCUCUCUCCCUCUUCCUGCCGCCGGAGGCAGCUGAGCUCCCGCCGCGCCGGGAUCCGCGGGGCCGCGCUCGGUCGGCGGAUGGACCCGCAGCCCGGCGCCAGGAGCUGCAGCCGCGGGGCUCCCGCCUGCGAGGUGGGGCCGCCCGAGCCCCCCAUGAACCUCUACAUCCACACCACCACCGGCACCCGCUAUGAGCUCUCGGUGCCUGCCGAAGAGACGGUGGAGGGGCUGAAGCGGCGGCUGUCCCAGCGCCUCAAGGUGCCUAAGGAGCGGCUGGCGCUGCUGCACAAAGAGAGCCGCCUGAGCUCCGGCAAACUGCAGGACCUGGGGGUCGUGGAAGGCAGCAAGCUGACACUGGUGCCCACCGUGGAGGCUGGCUUGAUGUCCCAGGCGUCCAGGCCAGAACAGUCGGUGAUGCAAGCACUGGAAAGCUUAACUGAAACUCAGGUCAAUGACUUCUUGUCGGGCCGGUCCCCGCUGACCCUGGCCCUGCGCGUGGGGGACCACAUGAUGUUCGUGCAGCUGCAGUUGGCGGCUCAGCAGAGCACGGGGCAGCUCCAGCACCGGCACCUCAUCGCCAGCCGCGGCGAGGCGGGGGCCAGCGCCAGCCCCCACUGCCGGACGCUGCACGGCGCCGCCGGCUCCGGCUUCGCCCGCAUCCCCGUGGUGCCCACGUGCCAGCAGAGCCCGGCCCCCAGCCCCACGCCCGCCACGCCGGCCCCCCCCAUGUACUGUAACGCCCCCCACCCCGCGCCCAUCACCGCCGGCAUGUUCCGGUCGCACGGGGCCAGCGCGCAGACGGUGAACAGCAGCGUGGUCUCCUCCUGCUCAGAGGUGGACUGUGGCUCCCGCAGCAGCAGCUCCCCAGGCAGCAGUCCGGCCCCCUCGGCCCGAUCCCGCAAGCCCGGGGCGGUCAUCGAGAGCUUUGUCAACCACGCGCCCGGGGUCUUCUCAGGGACCUUCUCCGGCACUUUGCACCCCAACUGCCAGGACAGCAGCGGGCGGCCGCGGAGGGACAUCGGCACCAUCCUGCAGAUCCUGAACGACCUCCUCAGCGCCACGCGACACUACCAGGGCAUGCCCCAGUCCCUGACGCAGCUCCGCUGCCAGACGCAGUUCUCCUCCUCCUCCUCGCCUCCUGCCUCCCCAGACCUCGCCACCAAAACUACCUCAGAGUCGCUGCCAGCGGCCACCGCCCCCCCCCUGCACCCCGUCGUCCAGUGCCAAAGCCAGAUCCGCAUGUGCAAGCCCAGCGGGGACCGCCUGAGGCAGACGGAGAACCGGGCGACGCGCUGCAAGGUGGAGCGGCUGCAGCUGCUGCUGCAGCAGAAGCGGCUGCGGCGGAAGGCGCGGCGGGACGCGCGGGCGCCGUACCACUGGGUGCCCAACCGCAAGGCCGGGCGCACCAACAGCAACAGCAGCGUCUCCAGCGAGGGCAGCCUGGACCUGGACUUCGAGGACUCGGUCUGGAAGCCGGAGGUCAAGGCCGAGAUGAAAUCCGAGUUUGUCGUAGCAUAGAGAGCCCGUGCCCGGGUGGGGCCCCGGGGGACUGUGCCGGGGGGUCCCGCUCGCCGCCCCUGCUGGGGGGGUCAGCGCGGGUGUCACGGGCCGGGGCUCCUCGAGAUUUGCCGUCUCCUGCGUCCGGACGCCUUGGGCCGACCCGCGUGUCACGGGGACAGCCCCCCACCCCCCGCUCGCUUGGGUUAGGGGAGAUGGGGGGAGCAGCUGGAGCCGCCCCCUCCCGCAGCCUCCCCGGCUGGGAAUGGGGGUCCCGACACCCCGGGGGGUCCUGGGACAUAUCGAAGCUGCUGCUUUGCUGUGAAGAGGGGCUCGGGGGGGGUGCUCUGGAACCCCCCGCGUCACCCCCUCAGUGCAGGCAGGAGGAGGUGAAGUCUCUCUCGGAGGUGCUGGAGCCCCCCGAUCUGGGGGUCGUUUGUUUUCCUUCCCUUCUAUAUGUAGCAUUGCUCGGCUGCGGGGCUGGGCCCCCCCGGGCGCUCGGGGGGGACACGUGUGUGCCUGGGCCCCGCCGCCGCAGC